UUCUCCAGCUAGGGUAAGUGAGUGACCUUGAACUCGUCUCGGCAGAGGAUGUGGACCACUAUAUAAAUGGCUGAGACACUUCCUCGCCAUCAAACGUCAGUCAUGUCUCUCAAGGUGAUCCUCGUAGCGUGUGUGGCCGCGGUGGCUCUGGCUGACCAUCUGCCACCUGUUUACUCCGCGCCCACGUACCACGCUCCCGAACCCGUGUACCAUGCCCCUGCUCACUAUAAGGAACCAGAGUACCCCGCCGUCGCCCCGAAGUACAACUACAACUACGGCGUCGCCGACAGCUACUCCGGCGCAAACUUCGCCGCCUCGGAGUCCCGCGACGGCUACAAGACCGAGGGCAGCUACACCGUCGACCUCCCCGACGGCCGCAAGCAGAUCGUCAAGUACGUGGACAACGGCGACGGUCUUGUAGCUGAGGUUACUUACGAGGGCGAGGCUCAAUACCCCGAGUACAAGCCCACCUACAAGCCCGCUCCCUACCACGCUGCCCCCAAGUACCCUGUGUACUAAGGUUGUCUUUAGAGUCAUACAUCUGUGUUAGACUUUUGCAUCAUUAGUGUCCAUUUUGCAUACUCAGAUGGAAAAACUGCAUGGAUGUGCGCAUAUGUGAUACUGCUUAAAUAUUUUUAUAAUAAAAUAUGCUGAAAAUAUAU